AUGUCAAUGUCCGGUGUCCGGCUCACCCGAUGUUCGAUUCCUUGACGUAAUGUCGUCCACCAUGUAUGGACUAUUAUUGGCUAUGCUACUCAUGUCAUGUGUCUUACAAGCCUAUGCCGUCCCAUCAGGGUAUCUAUGCAAAACAAAACGUCGAGGAGAACGCUGUUUCGUAAUGGUGAAUUUACUGCGAACUCCUCAUCAUUCGCCAAAUUGGAGUAUAUCGUCAUGGAAUAGGGCAAUGAUUCAGCAAAAAGCAUAUCAACAACUAUUCCAAGAACCAGAUGUCCUGCGUCGACGAAGAGCCGCCGAUGAACUCGUAAGACAUCGACGACAUCUGUGA